GUAGGUGGCGUUGUUCAACCAGGAAGUAAUGUGUUUUGCGCUGGUUCCGGUUCUCUUAAUACAUCCAUGGGUUGGGUGUGCACAGUCUGCUAGAGAUAUUAAACCGUGGCUAUUUAACACCUUUUAUACAUAGCAAUGUCUCCGGAUGAGCUGGUGUACCUGGGAAUUCUUGCUGCCUCCAUCCCUGUUGGAUUCCUCUUUCGUUACCUCAGUCCUCCUGUGAAGCAGGGGGCAGCUCUUCUUCUGGGCCUCUCUAUCGCCAUCGCCACCUGUCACAUCCACACCCUUCACUCUCUGGUGACGGUGAUUGGAACAUGGAUUAUUAUAAAGAGCAGCUGGAGGCAUGCCCCAGCAUUGAGUCUCACCUGGACCUUUCUCUACCUCCUCUUCUUUCGUCUGGUCACUUGGUUCGGUCUGCCACCACCGACACCGUUUGCCAACGCCAUCCAGCUACUUCUCACUCUCAAGAUGGUGAGUCUAGCAAACGAGGUGCACAGCUUCCACACGGAGAAGAAAAAGGACGUGAGCUCUUUUGCCAAGUCUCCUGUCAUUGGUGGUUUGUCUCAGGAGCCCUCCCUCUACGAUAUUUUGUCCUAUAGCUACUGUUACGCCGGUAUAAUGACCGGUCCGUUCUUUCGCUUCCAAACGUACGUUGACUGGCUGAGGCAGCCAAGACCGCAGGUCCUGCCUGGCUGGGUGCCGUGCCUGCAGCGCCUGAAGCUGGUUCCUGUCUACGGUGCUCUGUUUCUGGCUGUCAACUCUGUCUUCCCACUGGCCUAUGUUCGCACAGAGGAGUUCCUGGAUCAAAACUUUUUCUUUAGGUUAUUCUACAUGAUAGCAGUGUUCUUUGUGUUUCGGAUGCGUUUCUAUGCAGCGUGGUGUGGAGCUGAGGCUGGUUGUAUCAGUGCAGGUCUGGGCUGCUAUCCAGAAAAGGCGCUGUCCAAACCUGGAGGAGGACCCACCGUCAACUACAGUCCUGAUCCCACAGCUGAAGAGAAAUAUGACUUCAAAACCAUCCAGAACAUUGACUGCUACAACACUGACUUCUGUGUCAAGGUCCGUCAUGGCAUGCGUUACUGGAACAUGACAGUGCAGUGGUGGCUGCAUCACUACAUCUACCCCAAUGCUCCCUUCAAAGCCUACGCUCUCAGGGCCGGCUGGACCAUGUUCAUCAGCGCCUACUGGCAUGGGCUACAUGUCGGCUACUACCUCUCCUUCCUCACCAUCCCCCUGUGCAUCGCAGCCGAGUCUGCCAUGGAGGCCUCUGUCCGAGCUAAGCUGGGUCCUUUAGGACAGAACAUCUUUGAUUGGGUUCACUGGUUCCUGAAGAUGAGGGCCUACGACUACAUGUGUAUGGGCUUCGUGCUGCUGAAGGCCUCUGACACCAUCAACUACUGGAUGUCCAUCUACUUUGUCAUGCACAUCAUCGCCGUUUGCUGUAUAAUAUUCGGCAGGGCUCUGAAGAUGGGGGAAAGGGAAGAAAGGAGAGGGCACAAGGAGGAGAAAAGAGAGGGAGAGAAGAUAGAAAAUGUGAAAACUGGAGAAAAAACAGACUGAGUGGAGGUACAGAGAAAAACUGGGUGGUACUGUUUUGGGACAUGAGGAGGAGUUACUUCAAGACAUUGAUCAAUCUCACCAACACUCAUCGUCAAAUAUAAAAGUUGUUAAAGUUAUUACAAAAUGCAUUAAAUCAAACAAAAAGUGUGACAAGUAAAAUCUGGUCAAAAACAUUCCAUAUAUGUACAUAAAAGUACUGUGGACACUGGGAGAGGAAUAUUUGAGCUCAAUGAAUGUUACUUUUGUAGUGUGAGUGGCAACUGGUGUGUAAAUAGUUAUAUCAUUCCCCUCAUCUGAGCGUCUGCCUGUCCAGUAUGUGUGCUUUCAUUUUACCAUACCAUUCCCAGUUUUAAGUGGACUGUAUUACUGGUCAAGAUGAAAUGUCAAGAUGCUGUUUUAAAAACAGGCAGUAGGGCCAGUCAAACAACCAACAACCUAUAACAAAAUAAGAGAAGCAAUUGAAUGGGAUUAAAUUGAGUUUGCAUAAGCAACAAAACACACAGUAUUUUCUUACAGGAAGUUCCUACUGGAGUACAGAAUGGAUAGAUUGUGAUGGAAAAAAAAUAAUAUGAUGGUGUCAUCAUUAGGGCUCAGCUAUUAUUUUUGGGUGUGAGCAUUAUCAAAGAAACAGAAUAAUCCUGCUGCAGUUUGUUGUCUUAAAUCAGCACCUUGACUGUUUUUGACCACAAUAAAGAGUUUAAAUGGGAUUAGUCAAAUGCAGAAAAAUGACAACGUAAUUUUAGGUUGUUUUAGGUUUAAAGGAGCAAACCAUGGUCCAGAUAAAUUUUUAUUGCUGCCUAAUUACACUAGGACUUGUUUAAGUGUUUUAGAUUUUGGUUGUCAGCAUUAUAAUGUUCCUUAUUUAUUUUUUUUGAACAUUUCUGUGCUUUGGUUUACUUCCUUGAUCAAGUGAAUCCAAAAUGUCUCUGUUUGGAUUUUUUCCCUUACUGUUUUGCCUGUAACUCUGAGCAUAUCAGGAACAUCUGCACUGACAUCUCUAUAGCUGUGUUGCAUGUGAUGAAGAGUGUGCCAUGUGUAAGAUAGCAACAGUCCGUUCACUGCCAAAAUGUCUGUACUGCCAUCGUGGAUCAUUCAGGGUUGGAACCAAACAUUUAUUAAAAGGUUUUACAUCAUAACUAUAAGCUGCCAACACAAGUCACAAAUAACAGCACAGCUCGGGCUGGGUGAUAUGGUUGAAAUCAUUAUCUCAUUGUUAAAUAAGAUAUUUUCCAAUAUCGAUAUAUAUGUCACAAAAUAAAAAAUUGUAUGCACAAUACCAUAAAAUAAUCAAACUGAUGUUCAAAGCAAUGAACUGUCUCAAUGUCAUGUAUUACAUGUGACCAACUGUCAAUAACAAAUGUUUUUAAUUCUGGCUUGGUCUAAAACAUUUAUUACGUCUAGAAUGAUAACGUUAUAUGAUCAUAUCUUCAUGAUUUGUUUCUGCCUAAAGUUGAUAAAUGAUAUUGAAUUAUCGCCCAGCCCUAACCACGAUAAACUGUGAACAGUUGGUAAACAUGUUGAGAGUUCUUUCACUCACUCCUGUCUCAAACUGUGUGAUGAUAGCUCUGUCUCUGUUUUAUUUCAGCAUAACUGCAGAAUUGAAAGGUCUUAUCUCCCAAUCUGUUUUGUUCUCUUGUUACCUGGAACUGAGAUCAUUUAAAUUACAAAUGUAUUUGUGCCAUGCCUUUGUCCUUUAUCCUCUCUGUGCCAACUCAACCCUUUGUUUUUAUUAUUAUUAUUAGGUGUUGUGACUUCUACUAGACUAUUUUUAGCCAUUUGUCUGUUGUCUUUAGCUUCCCAUACUGCACCAACUGUAACACUCCCUGCCCUGUAACGGUGUUACUUGUGGAAUACAUAUCAGCAUUUCCUCAUCGAC